AUGGAGCCGGUGGCUGUAAACGCAGCGCGGUGGGUGGUCAGCAAGGCGCUGAGCCCGCUGUCGGGAGGGUUCGUCGAGGCAUGGGCGGCCAGCACGGAGCUCGGCCCCAACGUUGGCGCCGUCAAGAUGGAGCUGCUCUACGCGCAGGGGAUGCUCGACAACGCCCGCGGCAGGGAGACCCGCAGUCCAGCGUUGAAGCAGCUUCUCCUGGAGCUGCGCGGCCUCGCCGAGGACGUGCUCGACGAGCUCGACUACUUCCGAAUCCAGGACGAGCUCGACGGCACCUACGAGGCCGCCGACGAGCACGCCAAGGGCUGCCUCCGCGGCCUCCUCCUCAACGCUCGCCAAACUGCCAGAAACAUCAAGAACGGGUACCUACCUUCUUCUGUCGCUUGCUCCCGCGGAGGUCACCACGCCAUCGAAGAGGAUGCUGUUGCCGACGGCAGCGGCUGCACGUACAGGCUUGCUUCAAGUGCUCGCGAAGAAACCCGGUUCCUCUGCUGCGCCUGUCCCUGCAGAGCAUCUCAGAGGGAGGUCAUCAUGAAGACACCAAAGCUCCAGUUUCAUAGGGUGGGUUUAUCCCGAAGAAUGAAGCACAUCGUUCAGCAGCUGAAGCCAGUAUGUGCCAAAGUCUCUACAAUCCUUAUUCUAGAGCUGUUGGAAUCAAACCACAGCAUUGGCCAGUGCAUUGUCAUGAGUCUGAAUGCUGCAAUUUCUGGGAAAUCUGCAAAUGCACCUGCUCUCCCAAGCAGAGUGGCUAUGAAUCGUCCUGUGACAACUUCAGACUUUGUAGAGCCUGAAUUUUUUCGGGAGGGCGGAUGAGAAAAGU